AUGCCAAUCGACCAAUCGUUCUCUUCCUCUGUUACCUCUGCUUCUGAUGGUGGCGACCUUGCAGACUCGGCUAGCGACAGGGCCUCGUCAAGGUCCAGCCACCACGAGCAGCAGCACAGCAAGGACGCGUCCAAAGUCCUGGGCCCGGUAACCGCCAACAAGGACGCCCUCGGAGUCCCUAUCGGUAGCCCGCCAACUAUUCCUCCCACUGUCCUGACAGCCUUGGAGAAGCUCUACGAGGUAUACGUCGAGCGUUGCGAACAGCCCGCCUCGAUCCCACUCUCCACGACCGACUUCGACUGUCUCCUCCGAACCACCGAGGCCUGCAUCGGCAGCCCGUCGUCCUUGUCACCCCCCGAAGACGCUCACCUCCCCCACCCGUGGCCCCAGCGACUGCGCUCCGACGGCUCCGACGGCUUUGGCGGCUGGUUUCUCGAGCGCGUCCGCUGGGACUUCGAUGGGUCGUUCCUCGUGCUCCGCAUGCCUACCGAGAUCCACUUCGACACGACGAACGACAUCAGCGAAUACAUAAGAAAGCAAUUCCAACGGGUCUUGCUCAGCGGUGUGUGCAGGACUGGCGGGCGCAAGUUAACGCUCACCCGGAGCACUCAGUUUGAGCCAGAUGCGACGUUGUGGUGGGAGGAUGAUGCGAGUAGUGAGGAGGGCAGUACAUCUACGGGGAGUGAUGAUGGGUCUGGACCGGACCAUGGGAGUAGCAGUGCGCAAGGAGAAGCUGAGGAGGUCAGAGACCAGUACCCGGGCCUGAUCGUCGAGGUCGGCUGGUCGCAUCACACACCGCUCGAGCAAGCUGCAAAGUACAUACGCCACGGCAAUGGCCUAGUCCGGGCCGUCCUCCUCGUCAACGCUCAAUACGUCUGGCCCAAAGACCAGCCGACGACACCUACACUUCCCCAGAUCACUCUCAACGCCCUCCGACACGAGGUGACACAGCACGGCUCUCUUGGCCCUGUUGACCACUUCAUGCGCGACGUACAAAUCCAUCCUGUCAUCUCCACCGCCACAGCCACCGACGCUCGUGUCAACCUUACGCUUCGCGACCUCCACGAUAGUCUCAGCGCCGACGUCCCGGUCACGCUGCAAUGCAGCAAGUUCCGUCGUAUAUUCCGGAAGCAUUACGCCAGCACGCGCUACACGGGCCCGAACCCGAAGAAGCGCCCUAGGGUCACAGACGACCAUCGGGAAUGGGAAGAGGAUGAGCGGGAAAGGGAAAGGGCAAAUAAGAGGGCGAGGGGCUAG